AUGGACGGCUCCAACGAGGAGCAAGUGCAAGGCAUGGUUCGGUUCCAGAACACCGUUAUGACCCUUCUUGGGUACAGUCAGAUGGGGUCUGAGCGGCUCUAUCAGAUCGAGGACAGCAUCGAUAGUCUCAAGACCGACCUUUCGACAUCGUUUAAACAACUAAUGGAUAAUAACAAGGACCUUUCCGCCAAGCAAAACAAGAUCUUUGACAACACUGUGAAACUGAUGAACAUGACUGAGGGACUGCUUAACAGGAUCGAGAAGUUCACAUUUGAGAGGCCUGGGUGGCAGACAGAUUCACAGGAAGGAUUCAGCAUGCCAGGAAGUUCUGUCGAUGGACGCUUUGGGCUUGGUGUCGACCCGAGACGCUACAUCCCGCAUCUUGAUGACCACGAUCAAGUUAUCUCAGAGUCCGAGUCCCCAGAGUAUGAAAAUAGCAUGGAAAGAAACAUGGCGCAGGCUCAAGUUAUUGCACGCCACAAUGAGGAAUUCUCGCGUGGAAUGGAUGGAGAAGAGAAUGAAAUGAACACAGUAAAGGUGAAGAAGGACUCACAGGACAUGGAGGAUGCAGCUGAGGAGAUGGGGGAAGUGCAUAAGGAGGAGGAUGUGAAGGAGGAGGCGGAGGAGUGA